UUUAAAUGCGAGGGGUAUAGUAUCGUCGUACAAUAGAGGGAGAGCGAAGUCCUUCCUCCCACGACCUCAACUGAACCCCAUAUCCCACGCCUCCAAUUCGAACAAAUCACACGCACAAAACAAAGGAGAGCAGACGCUGCCGAAAGGGGGAUGGACGCCGGUGCCGCGGCUGAGGCGGACGCCGGAGCUCCGCCACGGAAGAAGGCGGCGGAGAGGAAGCGGUGGGCCGACGAGGACGCGCGUUCGACGGCGGCGCCGCGCGAGGACGGCGGGAAGGAGGCGGCGCUGGCGGAGUGCGCCGUGUCCUGCUGCCUCUUCUGCGCGUGCCUCCCCGUGGCCCUGCUCUGCUGCGUCGCGCGCGCCCCCGUCCGCGCCGCGCGGCGGUGCUGGCGGCUGAGGAGUAGGAGCCGGCGGCCCGCGCGGCGCCUCGCGCCCGGCGGGUCGUCGUCCUUCUCCGACGCCGAGCUCGGGGACUUCGUGCAGGGGCGGAGGCGGGCAAUGGCGGGCGAGGACGAGGACGGCCGGGGCAGGUCGCGGCCUGGCCCUCCUCCUCCGGCGCCGGCGCCUCCGCCGCAGCAACCACCCCCUCGGGAUCGGGGGAGAUCAUAGAUUAGUGAGUUAGUUAGGAUUUUUCGAUUUUUUCCUCUCCAGUUUUGCCGUAGGCUAAGAUCAGCCGUUUCGGUCCCUCCAGCGUCUUUUUUUUUUCCUUUUUUUUUCUUCCUCCUUUGGUUAGUGGUGGUUAGAUCACGCCGAUGAUGAGCCAGAGAUUUCGGCAAAGAAGCCAGGUUGCUUGCUUGCUCAGUGCACGGCAGCACAUUGCACUGUCAUUGUUGCACCACAAAUAAAGCUAGUACAUUAUCGCCC